ACCCGCAGCAGAGACCCCGCCCCCGCCCGAUCCAGGGGGAAGCAGGGGUUGCGGCAGCAGCAGGAGAAGCACCAGCAGCCAUGAAGGACCGUACUCAGGAACUGAGGACUGCCAAAGACAGUGACGAUGAAGAAGAGGUGGUUCACGUGGACCGGGAUCAUUUUAUGGACGAAUUCUUCGAACAGGUGGAGGAGAUCCGCGGCUGCAUAGAGAAGUUGUCGGAGGAUGUGGAGCAGGUGAAGAAGCAGCACAGUGCCAUCCUGGCUGCUCCCAACCCAGAUGAAAAGACCAAGCAGGAGCUGGAGGACCUCACAGCCGACAUCAAGAAGACGGCCAACAAGGUGCGCUCCAAGUUGAAAGCCAUCGAGCAGAGCAUUGAGCAGGAGGAGGGGCUGAACCGGUCCUCGGCUGACCUGCGGAUCCGUAAAACACAGCACUCCACCCUAUCCCGUAAGUUCGUGGAGGUGAUGACGGAGUACAACGCCACCCAGUCCAAAUACCGGGACCGCUGCAAGGAUCGGAUCCAGAGGCAAUUGGAGAUAACUGGCCGGACAACCACCAACGAAGAGCUCGAAGACAUGCUGGAGAGUGGCAAACUGGCUAUCUUCACUGAUGAUAUCAAAAUGGACUCACAGAUGACGAAACAGGCUCUGAACGAGAUCGAGACCCGACAUAAUGAGAUCAUCAAACUGGAAACCAGUAUCCGUGAGCUGCAUGACAUGUUUGUGGACAUGGCUAUGUUGGUGGAGAGCCAGGGGGAGAUGAUUGACCGCAUUGAGUACAACGUGGAGCACUCCGUUGACUACGUGGAAAGAGCUGUGUCCGACACCAAGAAAGCUGUAAAAUACCAGAGCAAGGCUCGGAGGAAGAAAAUUAUGAUUAUAAUUUGUUGCGUGGUCCUUGGGGUAGUUCUCGCUUCCACAAUCGGGGGGACUCUGGGGUUGUAAAUCAAAGCAAAAAAAAUAUUAUAAUAAUAAUAUAAUAAUAAUUUAAAGAAAACUUGUACAUGCAAUGGAUAUAACAGCACACGUUCCAGCUACCUAUACAUACACUCCUUGGGGGUCAGCAAAUCUAAGUUUCUUGUUCUCCGCCAUCUUUCCAUCCAUCUCUCCAUCCCCCGGAUACCUGGGUUCUCCCCAGAUCGGCCGACAUCCCUGACCCCUGGUAGGAGGGCGUGGAUUGGCUCAUAACCAACCUUUGGGUUCACAGUGACCCAAACACUCUGGUUCCUCUUCACAUCUGAGGUUAGCCUGGAGGGACAGGGUGGUGAUCUGUCCUUUGUUGAUGCCGUCUUGUUUUGGGUUCUGCUGGGGAUGGUGUGGCCAGUAGUAGGGGGGAAAAGAUACCAGUAUAAUACAUGGAAAGCUGUCAAUACUAGAAUGCUAAGGGAUCCCAGAGUGGUUACCAAUCAGCUGUUAUGAAAAAUACCAGUUUAUUCUAGGAAAUACCUCAGUAGCUGAAUACUGCAGUGUCAAUACCAGCCCACUGAGGAAAAUAGGAGUAGUUACCCAUCAAUCACUAUGGAAAAAAUACCAGAGAAUUAUAUGAAAUGCUAGAGCAGCAAAAUAAUGCAAUAUCAGUACUAAAAUAAUGAGGAAUAUCAGAAUGAUUACCAGUCAGGCAUUGUCAGAGGGAGACAGACUGCUACAUAAAAUACUAGAGGAACAGAAAAUGAUGUUGAUACUAGAGCACUGAGGAAUUCAAGAACAUCCAGUUAUACCAGAAUAUGAAUGAGGCACUAUCCCUAAAUACUAACAGUAACAUACUAGUCCUGCAGUAUCCAGGAAAACUAGAGUACUAGCAUAGGUUUAUAGAGGAAUGCUACAGCAUCGAUGCUACAGUAUCAAAAAUGCUAGAGUACAAAUACUGUAGUUCCAAGGAAUGCUGUCAUAUCGCCGAAUACUUCAAUAGCAAUGUUACUGUAUCCAGGUGUACUAGAGCAAUGCUGCUCCAGUGCCCAAGAACCCAAACUGCUUCUACUGCAGGAUCCUGGAAUAGUGGAGUAUUUGUGCUACACUAGCAAGAAUGCUAGAGCACCGAUACUGCAGUAGCCAUGAAUACUGGAGUAGCAAUAUGACAAUAUGUAAGAGUGUUAAAACUAUCCAGAUUCAGUCAUCUCCCAUCACUACAAAGUACUCCAGUUUCUAAAGAUACUCCAGUAUACUUGACUUGGGGAAGCACAUGGCUAUCCCAGCUCAUGGCUGAUUCCAAUUCCACAUGCCAGGAAUGGUUGCCACUAUGUCAGGUGUUAUUGAAAAAGAAAUGAGCAUUACUACAGAAAUACUACAAAAUCAAAGAAUACUCCGGUAUUCCAGAUGGGAAGAUCCUAAAGUUCAGCCCCUCCUUUGCAUGAGAGCAGCUAUGAACCAAAAAUAUUAUUAAGUUAUUAAUGAUCAGUAUUACACUAUUCCAGAGUAACAAUACUGUGCCAUUGUAAAAUAUACUCGAAUAAUGUACACUGACAAGGAAAAUGACACAGUAUUUGAGGGUAAUAACAGUAAUAAAUGAUCUCAAAUACAACAGCCUUAGGAAGGAUAUUACUGUGGUGUCUUAGUAUAAUGUUGGCUCCCUCACAAAAUGCUGGAGUAUAAGUACUCUCAAACACCACACCCCUCUAAAACACUAGAAUAAUAUGCUAAAGUAAUAACAGUUCCCAAAUACUAAAUUCUUGUAAAAUACUAGAGUAAUAACGGCUCCCCAAAAUGCAAAACCCAUAUAAAAUACUAGAAAAAUAAGGGCUCCCAAAUACUACAGCCUUACAAUAAUUCUGCAGCAAUAUAGAGUAAUAAUGGCUAUCCAAAUAUUACACACCCUUAUAAUACAUUCAGGUAAUAUAAAAAUAUUGGACAUACAGGUUUCUGGGGAGGAAAAUCCCAUAGUAUUUUAGACUAAUAGUGGUGCCCAAAUCCUACACCUUUAUAAAAUUGCUUGAAUACUAUACAGUAAUGACUGGUAAUUAUUAGUAAUAGAUGCUAAAUUGUAUGUCUGUGGAAAAAUACUGCGAUAUUCUAGAGUAAUAAUGGCUUGGUACCAGUACUACACAUUUAUUUAAAAAUACUAGAGAUAUACAGAGUAAUAUUGAAUAUGCAACAGUAUGCCUAAGAAAAGAAAAAAUACAGUAUUCUGGAGUGAGAGUAUGUGGCCAAUUAAAUACGUCCUUUAUAAAUAUAUUAAAGUAAUAUGGAGUAAAAAUGGAUAUCCAAAUAGCAUCUCUUUGAGAAAAAAUACUAUGGUAGCGUUCAGUAAUGAUGGCUUGUAAACAUCUCAAAUAUUAUACCCUCGUUUAAAAAGAAUCACAGAAUAGAGCAGCGGUUCUCAACCAGGGGUCUGGGCCCUCUGGGGGACCGUGAGCAGGUUUCAGGGGGUCCGCCA